UUGCCGAUCUUUGAUCCUGAUCUUCAGACGAAGAAAAACAUAUUUUAAUCUAAAUUAAAUUUGAAAAAUCAAAGUAGUUAGUAGCUAGCAACCUACAGAUCGAACUCGAGGACCAUCACCGAUCCGUUAAUUGUUCCCCACCCCGCUUACAAUUAGGGUUUCCAAAACCCUACACUACACAUUGAGCAAACGCAGAUUCAAAUCAAUUAAUCACUCACUGACUCACCAAAUUCAUCAAAUCAACACUCCGAUUCAGCUCUCAGCAGCACCACCACGUCAUGGCGGAGCACCUUGCAUCGAUCUUCGGCACGGAGAAGGACCGCGUGAACUGCCCGUUCUACUUCAAGAUCGGCGCGUGCCGCCACGGCGACCGCUGCUCGCGCCUCCACAACCGUCCCAGCAUCUCCCCGACCCUCCUCCUCUCCAACAUGUACCAGCGCCCCGACAUGAUCACUCCCGGCGUCGACCCGCAGGGCCAGCCCCUCGACCCCCGCAAGAUCCAGCAGCACUUCGAGGACUUCUACGAGGACAUCUUCACCGAACUCGCCAAAUUCGGCGACAUCGAGAGCCUCAACGUCUGCGACAACCUCGCCGACCACAUGAUCGGCAACGUCUAUGUUCAGUUCCGCGAGGAGGACCAGGCUGCAAAAGCCCUCCACGCACUCCAUGGGAGAUUCUACAACGCGCGUCCCAUUAUUGCCGAUUUCUCCCCCGUCACCGACUUCCGUGAGGCCACGUGUCGGCAGUUCGAGGAGAAUAGUUGCAACCGCGGCGGGUAUUGUAACUUCAUGCAUGUGAAGCUCAUCGGGAGGGAUCUACGGAGGCGCCUAUUCGGCCGCCACCACCGCGGAGGCAGUGGGACGUAUCACCGCGUGAGCCGGAGCCGGAGCAGGAGCCGGAGCAGGAGUGGCAGCCCGAGGCACCGCCGGGAGAGACACGAGAGGGAUUCUCGUGGGAGGAGGAGCAGGGAGAGGGAGUAUAGAGAGAGGGACGGUGGCGGACGGAGGAGGCAUGGGAGUCCGGCCAGGGAAGGGAGCGAGGAGCGCCGUGCGAGGAUCGAGCAGUGGAAUCGGGAGAGGGAAGAGAAACAAUGAUUUCGCAAUGAUUCUGUGUUCAUUUGCUUGCGAAGAAUGAAUAAACCAUCAAUUAAGUCCUCAAACUAUUAUUACCCUGUGUCUCUCCUUAGUAGUCCUUAAAGUAAUGAAUGAAAUUAGUGUUUAAGGAAUGUAUGGAGGGCUGAAUGUCCGUCACUGUACUCUAAUUUAGAAGGUUAUGUUAAUAUUUGGAAGAUUACUUGGCAUGCUUUAUUGGACUUUUAGGACUACUUAAAUAGUUUAGUUUUUUUUUAUUAGUUUAGGGAAGAGGGUGUAAUAGUGUAAGGAUGGAAUUGGUGGUUUACUUUGCAUGGUGAAUGGUGGCAGCGCUAAUAAUGAAACCCUCUCACUGCUGUGUUGUACUUACGGCUAGGUGCUAUAGGGGGAUUGGUAGUGCAGCUGAUAUUCUUGGAAUGUAGGAAUUGCAAUUCAAAGAUUAACGAAGUUGGGGUUUGAAUUGCCUCUACACUAUAGGUAUAUAAAAGCAUGUUUCGGAGAAAUGUUUUUGAUGAAUCCAAGUGCUUAAUUCUGAACAAAUAUGAGACAACUAAGAUGGGCAACUUCUGGUUUGUUAUCGUGGGAUUUUUCCCUCUUGGGCAAUGGUGGUAUUUGAGAUCGCUAAACAUAGGUUGAUAUCAUUGCUUAGUCGGUGUUUGGUUUUAUUUAUUUAGGAGAAAUGAUCGCUAAUGUCUUUUGGCUUCUUGGGAGGCUAUUAUUUCUCUAAAUUUAAGUUUGAACCAAGCCAUCAAUUUAUGCUUAA